AGCCGAUGCAGCGAGCGGAACGUUUCUACGCGCCUCCGGAGCGUGGGGGAGGCAGGUCCGUCGCCGCACCGGUCCCCCAUUGCACUUCCGGUUAGACUAGGCCUCGGUUGCAGCCCGGGCCCUCUCGCCGUUGUCGUCUGUUACCGAAACCGGGAUGCGGCUGCUGCGUGGCGGGCUUCGUUUUCUGCUGAGGCCGGGGAUCCGCCGCGGACCCGACCGGCCUGCCUACCAGCAGGGCCAAAGCCCCACGCCCCGCACCCGAGAGUACUUCUAUUACAUCGACCACCAGGGACAGGUAUGGGGUGCGGGGGGGGGGGAGGAGAGGAAGGUUAUGGGGCUGCCCUCUAGACGGGUGAUGUGGCUUAUCACGGCCCAGCAAGCCCGAAAGGACGGCUGGGGCCCGUUGUUUCGUAUACAUGUAAAAGGAUGGCAGUGGAGGUGUAUAAUGAUAAUAAUAAACUAAUGAUAAUAAUUAAUAAUAUUAAUAUUAAUAAUUAAGGUAUACUGGGCUGAGGCCAUUUAGGGCUUUAAAGGUCAACACCAACACUUUGAAUUGUAUAGGAAGAGAGGUCUCCCAGGAAUCGCUGUAUCUAUGUAUUUGUGUGUGUAUUUAUUUAUUUAUUUAUUUGAUUGCACUUAUUUAAUAAUAAUAAUAAUAGUAAUAGUAACAAUAAUAAAGAAUUUAUUAUUAUUUCUACCCCGCCCAGCUGGCUGGGUUUCCCCAGCCCAGGGGUCUGCAACCUUUAAGACAAAAAAAGCCACUUGGACCCGUUUCUGAAGAAAAAAAAAACUGGGAGCCGCAAAACCGGGAAGGUGAUGUCGGGACGGUGCGUGACUAACGCACGCACUGCCCCCAUGCGACGUCACAGCCAGUACAGCGCCCGCCACAGUGGGGAGUGUCGGGGCGCACAAUGCGCCUCCUCCCCUCGCUAGUAUCCGCCCCGGAGCCGCAGCAAAGGUGUAAAAGAGCCACAUGUGGCUCCGGAGCCGCGGGUUGCAGACCCCUGCCCCAGCCACUCUGGGCAGCUUCCAACAAAAGAUUAAAAAUACAUUAAAACAUCAGUCAUUAAAAACUUCCCUAAACAGGGCUGCCUUCAGAUGUCUUCUAAAUGUCAUAUACAGUGGUACCUCGGGUUAAGUACUUAAUUCGUUCCGGAGGUCUGUUCUUAUCCUGAAACUGUUCUUAACCUGAAGCACCACUUUAGCUAAUGGGACCUCCUGCUGCUGCUGCGCCGCCAGAGCCCGAUUUCUGUUCUCAUCCUGAAGCAAAGUUCUUAACCCGAGGUACUAAUUCUGGGUUAGCGGAGUCUGUAACCUGAAGCGUAUGUAACCUGAAGUGUAUGUAACCCGAGGUACCACUGUAGUUUUUUAUUUCUUUGACAUCUGACGGGAGGGCGUUCCACAGGGCGGGCGCCACCACCGAGAAGGCCCUCUGCCUGGUUCCUUGUAACUUCGCUUCUCGCAGAGAGGGAACCGCCAGAAGGCCCUCGGAGCUGGACCUCCAUGUCUGGGCUGAACGAUGGGGGUGGAGACACUCCUGCAGGUAUACUGGGCUAUAUUUCCCACCUUUAUCUCCAAGGAGAUAUGGGGGGCGUAUAAGUUUCUCAUUCCCCUCUCCUCAUUUAACCCUCUCAGCAGCCCUGUGGGGUAGGCUAGGGUGAGAGGCACUGAGCAGCCCCCAAGGCAUGGGCGUAGCCAAGGGUGGGACAGGGGCGCAUCAAUAAAAAUACUCCCAAACCGAAAAUCCUGGCUACUCCCAUGCCCAAGGUCGCAUGGAGUGACCUUCAUAUCACUCUGACCUCCCAGGUCCCAAUCCAACACUGUGCUUUUUAACUUGUUCAUGAAUAAUUUGGAGUUAGGGGUGAGCAGUGAGGUGGCCAAGUUUUCUGGUGAAUCAUUCAGGGUUGUCGUUACAAGAGUUUGUGGAGAUGUCCGAAAGGACCUCUCUAGACUUGGGUGAACAGCGGCAAGAAGCCAAGUGCAGUUCAAACAAACAUUGAGGCGGGGCGAUUCUUAAUUUCACAUAUACACUUAUGAGGUCUAAACGGGCAGUGACUGACCAGCAAACAGAUCCUGGGGUUGUAGCAGAUUGCUCAGUGAAGAAGCCAGCCUUUCGCAUGAUGAAUUCUGCAUAUAAGUUAAAUAAGCAGGGAGACAAUAUACAGCCUUGUCGUACUCCUUUCCCAAUUUUGAACCAGUCAGUUGUUCCAUAUCCCAUUCUAACUGUAGCUUCUUGUCCCACAUAGAGAUUUCUCUAUGCCCCUUCUUAGCUUGCCGUUUUAAUAUGCUUAUUGACCUGGGAGUUAAGCCCUGCUGAACUCAAGGCAGCUUACUCCUGAGUAGGAAAACCAGACUGGCGGGAGGCCCUGGUGCAUCAAAAGUCAAUGCCUGCUCAGCCCUUCACUCAUUCACCAGGUCAUGGUGCUGCGACAGCGCGCCUGCCCAAAGAGAGGGCUCUGAGUGUCCUCUCUGGCAUGCGUGGCAUAGGUUCGCCACCACUGACCCAGAUGAACCAGAAGCCUGUCUCAAAUGGAGAAAAGCUCAACUGGAAUGACAGAGACCCAUGCAAGAGCAAACAUAGAUCCUCCUUCAUUUCAGUAAGGCAGCCUUGGCCAAACUGCUGCCUGCUCCCCAGUGUUUUGGGCUUCAUCUCCUGACUCUGAUGAGAGUUGGAGUCCAAAACAUUUGGAGAGACCCAGGAUGGCGAAGACUGCCUUGAAGCUUGCAAACUAGGGCUUUGUAGUGUUUUGUGCCUCGUUGGCCAGAUGAAUGUGUCUCCUGCCCAGCCGUCCUUAAGGACACCCCAAAAUCCACCUCCUCAUGCGCAGGCUGACUUCCUGUAUAUAUGCUUGCAGAAGAGGCAGAGAACAUCCAGAGUUGCAGGGCUGGUCCUGUAACCACCUUCCUAUGAGCCUGGGGAGCGCGCAGGGAUGGAGGAAGGCAGCCAUUUGUGGCUGAAUGGUGUGAAAAAAGGCUCUUUAAAAUGUUUGCCUUAGUGAGGAGAGGGCAUUUGGACCCUGCUUCUGAUACCAAAAUGGCUUGGGCUGGCAAUGCUAGGCUUUUCCUGUUCUCAUGGGUAAGUAGUUUAAUCACACAGUCUAUUCUUCGCCAAGGACUAAUAUUAAUUUAUGCUUCCUUGUUGCUUUAGCUCCUAAGGACCCAAUGUAGCCAAUCCCUUCCAUGGUGAGGGGUAGGGCUGGGCGAUACAUUGAUAUAUCAUCCAAAACUGGUUUGAAGUUCUGCCCGGACACUGAGGUCUAGUGCCGAGGGCCUUUUGGCGGUUCCCUCACUGCGAGAAGCCAAGUUACAGGGAACCAGGCAGAGGGCCUUCUUGGUGGUGGCGCCCGCUCUGUGGAACGCCCUCCCACCAGAUGUCAAAGAGAAAAACAAUUACCAGACUUUUAGAAGACAUCUGAAGGCAGCCCUGUUCAGGGAAGCUUUUAAUGUUUGAUGCAUUACUGUAUUUUAUUUUAUUUUUUUUAAAGAAUAUUUAUUCCAAUUUUAAAAUUACAACAAAAAAGAAGGAAAAAAAAAACAUACAAAAAAGAAUAAAACAUGUUACAAAAAACAAACAAUAAAAAAACUCAACAAAAGAUAAAAAUACAUUAUAAUAAAGUAUAACAAAAAUCAAAUUAAACCUUUACAACCUUUUUCCCUUUUACUUGUUUCCAUGACUUCCUCUCACCUCCCCGCUUUGUAUUCUAGUUUAGAUCAUAUUUCCAGCAAAUCCUUCUAACCUUCUUUUCAUUUACUUAUUUUAACAUUCAAUAAUGUAUUUAAUCCUCCUGUAUCCUCAGUUUCUACACUUCAUUUUUACUUAAUCCAUUAUACCAUAUCUGCCAAAGCGGCCUAAUAUUCUUUUCCAACCUCUUUCUAACAUUCUUUUAUAUUGCAGUAUUUUUGAAGAUAUAUUUUAAAUUUUCCAAUCUUCUUCCAUCGACCCUUCUUCCUGGUCUCGAAUUCUGCCGGUCAUCUCAGCCAGUUCCAUAUAGUCCAUCACUUUCAUCUGCCACUCUUCUCGGGUAGGCAAUUCUUGUGUCUUCCAGUAUUUCCCAAUGAGUAUUCUUGCUGCUGCUGUCGCAUACAUAAAAAAAAUUCUAUCUUCCCUUCGCACCAAUUGGCCGACCAUGCCCAAGAGGAAGGCCUCUGGUUUCUUCAAGAAAGUAUAUUUCAAUACCUUUUUUAAUUCAUUAUAUAUCAUUUCCCAGAAGGCCUUGAUCUUUGGGCACGUCCGCCAAAGGUGAAAAAAAGGACCUUCAUUUUCUUUACAUUUCCAACAUUUAUUAUCAGGCAGAUGAUAGAUUUUUGCUAGCUUGACUGGGGUUAAGUACCACCUAUAAAUCAUUUUCAUUAUGUUUUCUCUUAAGGCAUUACAAGCUGUAAAUUUCAUACCUGUGGUCCAUAACCGUUCCCAGUCAGCAAACAUAAUAUUAUGCCCAACAUCUUGUGCCCAUUUUAUCAUAGCUGAUUUAACCGUUUCAUCCUGUGUAUUCAAUUUCAGCAGCAGAUUAUACAUUCUUGACAAAUUCUUAGUUUUAGGCUCUAACAAUUCCGUUUCCAAUUUAGAUUUUUCCUCCUGGAAACCAAUCUUUUUAUCUAGGUUAAAAGCCUCCCUUAUUGCAUUACUGUAUUUUAAUAUUUUGUUGGAAGCUGCCCAGAGUGGCUGGGGAAACCCAGCCAGAUGGACGGGGUAUAAAUAAUUUAUUAUUAUUAUUAUUAUUAUUAUUAUUAUUAUUAUUAUUAUUAUUGAAGUCCAUAUUGUGAUAAUGCUUUCAAAAUAUUUGACCUGGCAAUAUGUCGCAAAUCAUGAUGUGUGUGUGUGCCAAGCAAAAAUCACGAUGCAGGGAAAACCACGCAGCCAGCCUCUGCCUCUACAUAGCUUCAUCCUUAUUUCACACCUUGUGAUAUAUCAGUAUAUCAUCGUGUUUAGCUGAUGGAAUUAUCACAGUGAAGCAAACCAGAUAUCGCCCAGCCCUACUGUUCAUAUCUCAGUCCGAGCUCCUGCCAACCUAGCAGUUCGAAAGCACGUCAAAGUACAAGUAGAUAAAUAGGUACCGUUCCGGCGGGAAGGUAAAUGGCGUUUCCGUGCGCUGCUCUGGUUCGUCAGAAGCGGCUUAGUCAUGCUGGCCACAUGACCCAGAAGCUGUACACCGGCUCCCUCGGCCAAGAAGAAGAAGAAGAAGAAGAGUUUGGAUUUGCUAUACCGCUUUAUCACUACCCUAAGGAGUCUCAAAGCAGCUAACAAUCUCCUUUUCCCUUCCUCCCCUACAACAAACACUCUGUGAGGUGACUGAGGCUGAGAGACUUCAGAGAAGUGUGACUGGCCCAAGGUCACCCAGCAGCUGCAGGUGGAGGAGCGGGGAAUCGAACCCGGUUCACCAGAUUACGAGUCCACCACUCUUAACCACUACACCACACUGGCGAGAUGAGCGCCGCAACCCCAGAGUCGGUCACGAUUGGACCUAAUGGUCAGGGGUCCCUUUACUUUUUACUGUUCACAUCUGCAUAGCUCCAUCCUUAUUUCAGGCAUCAUGAUGCAUCUUGAUGUUCCGCUGAUGAAAUUCCGCAAUGUUGAAAGCCAGAUAUCGCCCAGCUGUAGUACAGGGUUCUCCUUUUCAUGGCAGCCCAAUGUUAAUAGCCACCUCUAGCGCAGAUCUCUGCCGGUUGAGUGGUAGAUGCAUGGUGUGCCUGGAAAGUGCCGCUUGGCAUCGCGCCAAGCCUUGGGGCUGUUUGGGCCUCUUUUUAAUCCAUUAGCGUUAACUGCCGAUUCACGUAGUCGCCUCCACUGCAUUAAUGGUGUAUCGAAUUAGUGCUGAAUGAAUCAUUAUGGGGGAGAUUAGGAGUUGUAAUUAGUGUUAAAAGAGGAGUUCGUGGCCGCCCUGUUGCUCUGGACUGAUCUGGAAAUUAGCAGUCCUCAAGAAUGUGGGAGCUCUGAGUUGCAAACAGCUCCAUUGUUGGCAUUCGCCAGGCAGUGAAUAGCCCUUUAGGAAGCUGCUUGACCCUUAACCUUUGCUCAGUGUCUGUCUAUCCAGAGCCCAAUAUUACCGUGCUUUAGAUAAUAUGGUGGAAGCCAAAUUAAGGGGCAGGGGUGGUGUUGGCUGAGAUAUUUUGAAGCCCUUUGUCUCUUUGAGGCAUCCAGUGACCCAGUUCUCUCACAAUGCUAAGCCAUGGUUUGUCUUAAUUGGGGUUCGUUCAGCUGUUUAUCAGCUCCAUCUGGUACGCAGGAUGAGACCCUUCCUGCCCGCAGACUGUCUCGCCAGAGUGGUGCAUGCUCUAGUUAUCUCCCGCUUGGACUACUGCAAUGCGCUCUAUGUGGGGCUAUCUUUGAAGGUGACCCGGAAACUACAACCAAUCCAGAAUGCGGCAGCUAGACUGGUGACUGGGAGCAGCAACCGAAACCGUGUAACACCAGUCUUGAAAGACCUACACUGGCUCCCAGUACAUUUCCGAGCACAAUUCAAAGUGUUGGUCCUGACAUUUAAAGCCUUAAACGGCCUCGGUCCAGUAUACCUGAAGGAGCGUCUCAAUCUCCAUCAUUCCGCCCGGACACUGAGGUCCAGCUCCGAGGGCAUUCUGGCGGUUCCCUCGCUGCGAGAAGCCAAGUUACAGGGAAGCAGGCAGAGGGCCUUCUUGGUGGUGGCACCCGCCCUGUGGAACGCCCUCCCACCAGAUGUCAAAGAGAAAAAUAACUACCAAACUUUUAGAAGACAUCUGAAGGCAGCCCUGUUUAGGGAAGCUUUUAAUGUUUAAUAAGUUACUGUAUUUUAGUGUUCUGUUGGAAGCCGCCCAGAGUGGCUGGGGAAACCCAGCCAGAUGGGCGGGGUAUAAAUAAUAAAUUAUUAUUAUUAUUAAAUUACAAGUUGACAAUGAAGCAGAGGGAGAAGAGAAAGGUGGUGCUGGGCAAACUGUGAGCUGUGUGGGCCUGGGUCUCUUGACGGUACCAGUGUGUGGCUCCUAACUAGUGCUAUUUUUCUAGAAAAAGAGGUGCCAGAACUCGCCAUGAACACCUCCCUGGUUCUCUUAUACAGUGGUACCUUGGUUGUCGAACUUAAUCCGUUCUGUCUGACUCCCAGAACCGUUCGGAUACCAAAGCACAGUGUGCUGGUUCUGGGGGCUAACCGUGAGGUGAGGUCCGAGUCCAGUCCGAGGUCGAGGGUGCAGUAUGGAGGCAGUCCGUAAAAGUUGAAGUUGGGUCCAAGGCAGGGAGUCAGGUGAGGUCAGGAGCUCCGGCAGAACAGCAGCUCAGGGUGCAGGCAGGAACAGGCUACCACCAACGUUGCUCCCACAACUUGGGACUAGGGCUGGCCGGCUUUUAUCUGCCUCGAGGCAUAGGGCGGCCCUGGUCCACAGGUGACUCGCCCCUCCUGGCCUGGAGGCGAGCACUCCUUCUGCAGGAACUUAGUUCCCUCUUCCUCUCUGCCCUGAGCCUCUGCAGCUCAGGAGAGGCUGGAGGGUUACUGGACCCAGAGGCAACCUCACCUUCCCCUGACGGGGCUGAGAGUGGAGCACCUGCAGGCUAUGGGUCCUCCAUCACCUCAGGAGCCAGAGCAGACUCAGCUGAUGCCUGCACCUGAGGAUCCAGCACAGGUGAGGACCCUUCGGGCUCAUGCCCCAGCCCCAGCUCAGCUGGUUCUGGAGACGGGGAAUCCUGUGCAGGCUGGGAUUCCUCAGGUUCAGCCUCUGAGUCCGAAUCCCAGGCCAUCACACACAGCUUCUGAUUGGCUACAGAAGCUUCCUGCACUCAAUCGGAAGCCGCGUUGGACGUUCGGCUUCCAAAAAACGUUCGCUAACUGGAACACUUACUUUGGGAGCCGAUUUGUUCUGGAGCCAAGCCGUUCGACAAGCAAGGUACCACUGUCUUGGCGAUGUCACCCAUCUGAGAGGCGCCGGAAGGCGAGUUCCGGCUGAAAUAAAGCCCUGCCCAUAACAAUCCCACCCCAAAUGUGUUUUGAGUUAGGUGGCAAUACUUUCCUAUUAAAUGUGCUGAGAGCUGUCGUCUCAGAACCAGUUCCUGCCACUAAGUUGUGCAGGAUGCGUUGCGUGGAUCUGUACAGAUCUUGCCAUGCUGCCUGUUUCAGAAGAAGCCCACAUCUGCUGCAACCUUCUUCAGUCCAGUUUUGGACAGCUCAGUGAUGGCCAGACAUGGCUCAGGUUGCAAGUGAGGUCCAAGGUGAAGCCAAUUGAGAAGGUUGCUGGACUCAGCAUGUAUCAUCAACUUAGCUGUGCAACCCAGGCUGAGAGUCUUUGGUUCCUCCUUGAGCAGUGGAGCUCUCUGGUCCUUCAGCUACACCCAUACAGCCCUCCCCACUCUGCCUGCCUUGAAUAGUUGUGUUUUACUAGACUGUAGAUGGCUUGUCUGCUCAUCAUCCUGUUUCUUUCUCCUCCUUCUCCCAAUCCCUCCUCCGGCAACCCUGUGCAGCUUUUCCUGGACGAUGCCAAAGUCAAGAACUUCAUCACAUGUUUCAAAGGUAAUGUCCACCUGCUCCGUCCCGGUCUGCACGGCUCCUCCAUGUAUGUCCCGUGGAGGACCUUAAGGUCCAUAAAUAGCAACACCCUAGAGGUCCCGGGCCCUAAGAAAGUCAGACUAGCCUCAGCCAGAGGCAGGGCCUUUUCAACACUGGCCCCGGCCUGGUGGAACGCUCUGCCUCAUGAGACCAGGGCCCUGCAGGAUCUGAUUUCUUUCCGCAGGGCCUGUAAGACAGAGUUCUUCUGCAUGGCCUUUGGCUUGGAAUCAACUUGAUCCCCUUCCCCUCUUUCCCUUUCUCCUUCUGUGAUGGAACUCCUAUUUGGGGACUUCCCUGGCUUUUUUCUGGCCCACGUAGGACCAGUCUGGAUAGUUGGCCUUGGUGAAGAUAUGAUAUUUUCAUCCCCAAAAAGUUUUUGAUUUGAGUUUCUACUGAAAUGAGGCUUCAUUUUAAUGUUGUAUUUUAAUCUUGUUUUUAAGUUAUAUUUUAAUUAAUUGUUUUUAUACUUGGUGUUAACCGCCCUGAGCCUGGUCUUGGCUGGGGAGGGCGGGGUAUAAAUAAAAUUUAUGAUGAUGAUGAUGAUGAUGAUGAUGAUGAAGGCACCCAUCCCUCCUUGAGUCAGCUGAGCAGGGUCAGUGGGCACCGUCAUGGGAGCAGAAACAAAUUGCAAAUGGCGGGCUUGACUCUUCCAAGUCAUCAUUGACAGUGGUGGCUGCCUGGUGCCGAUUAGGUGACCAAACAAACCCCUGUGUUGCAUAGAGAACAUCAGCAAUGUCUCGGCAACACGAUGACCAUGUACAUACGCAAUAGACAAUCUUUAUAGAAUUCCUUCAAACCAUAAUAAGUACAAAAUGAAAUCUUUAGUCUCAAAGUCUCUGAAAAUCUUUAAGUGAAGCGAGGUACCAGACUUUGUACGAUGAAAGACAAGCUGUGAAGCUUUGUGUAUUCAGCAGAUAUGAUGUCCAACGCUGAACAGUGAUUCCAGAUAUUGACUACUGUUUCGUAGAAUUCUUUGCCAGCCUGGUGGGAGGAUAUAUAAUUGCUUCAUAAAGGUAAAGGUAAAGGGACCCCUGACCACUAGGUCCAGUCGUGACCGACUCUGGGGUUGCGGCGCUCAUCUCGCUUUAUUGGCUGAGGGAGCCGGCGUACAGCUUCCAGGUCAUGUGGCCAGCAUGACUAAGCCGCUUCUGGCAAACCAGAGCAGCGCACGGAAACGCCGUUUACCUUCCCACCGGAGCGGUACCUAUUUAUCUACUUGCACUUGACGUGUUUUCGAACUGCUAGGUUGGCUGGAGCUGGGACUGAGCAACGGGAGCUCACCCCGUCGCGGAGAUUCGAACCGCCGACCUUCUGAUCGGCAAAUCCUAGGCUCUGUAGUUUAACCCACAGCGCCCAAUCCUAUUUCGAAUGAAUAUAUGUAAAUGAAAAUAUCAAAUGCUGUGGAAUAGUGCUCAUGUAAUAAUGUAGUCAGUGUUCAGUGUUGGAUAUCAUAUUCAUUUAAAGAUUUUCAGAGGUUUUGAGACUGAAGAUUUCAUUUUGUUAUGCUUUGAAGGAAUUCUAUAAAGAUUGUCUAUUGCGUAUGUACAUGGUCAUCGUGUUGCCGAGACAUUGGUGCCAAUUAGGGACUGGUGAGGCAGAAGACAGGGAGCCCCACAGGAGGUGGAACCAGAGACAGGCAGAGCCAACUGCCUCUAGUUUUGCCCCAAUCCUCCUCCUCCCUGAUGAGUAUUAUAGGGGGCAACACUGAGAUUGAGGAGGGGGUGGAGGAAAUUGACACGCAGGACACACACACCCCGGACUGGUUGUAAGAAAGAAUGGAUUCCCUCGGAAGGUGGGGGGCUCUCCUUCGUUGGAGUUUUUUAAACAGAGGUUGGAUGGGAUUCUGUGGUUCCGGCAUUGGGGGCUGGACUAGAUGACCCUCAGUCCCUUCCAGCUCUACAGUUCUUUGAUUUUAAGAAGGCAGGCAGCUGUGAGGCUGAGAUGGGUGGGGCAGCGCCCCAUUCAUCCAAACAGAGCAGCCUUCAUUGGUUGUUAACGUUGCUCUAGCACAUUCAUGUUGCUCUAGCACACCAACUGACAGUGCCUGGCAGAAUCUAGACUGCCAGCAGGUUCUUUCCAGUCCCCCCAACACCUCCCUUGACCUCUCAGCCCUUAGGCAUAUCUUUGUUGAGUGCCAACAAGGCUGAGGAGCUGUCAGUUCCUCCAGGACUGUGUCUAAGCACCUUUUAAAGGUGGCGCCGUGAGUUAAACCGCAGAGCCUAGGGCUUGCCGAUCAGAAGGUCGGCGGUUCGAAUCCCCGUGACAGGGUGAGCUCCCGUUGCUCGGUCUCUGCUCCUGCCAACCUAGCAGUUCGAAAGCACGUCAAGUGCAAGUAGAUAAAUAGGUAUCACUCCAGCGGGAAGGUAAACAGCGUUUCCGUGCGCUGCUCUGGUUCGCCAGAAGCGGCUUAGUCCUGCUGGCCACAUGACCCAGAAGCUGUACACCGGCUCCCUCGGCCAAUAAAGCGAGAUGAACGCCGCAACCCCAGAGUAGCCCGCGACUGGACCUAAUGGUCAGGGGUCCCUUUACCUUUACCUUUAAUUUGGUUUUAACUACGCAUUGCUUGAAGAGUGUCGUGGGCUGGCCGGAGGUUCAGCUUCCGUUUGACAGCAAAUUGCAAGGAGGGAGCGGUUGUGUGAGUUGAAGAACACUUUCGCCUGUGACUUGUUCCUGGGGGGGGGAAACUUUUUCACGCAGGUUAUGCAAGCUCUGGCAGGUGCUCCAGAGCAGAUGGUCCCCCCCCCCCCCCCCGAAUAGUCAACGGUUGUGUAAGUGAGAUCUCCUGGUGAGAAUUAGAGGAUCCUCUGCUAAGCCAUUGCAUGAUCCUGAAAAUCCCCGCUUGGAGACUUUUUAUCUUCUCCGGAGCUGCACUCAUCCUCUCCAGUGUUCCUGCAUUAAGACCUGGCGGCGUAAUCUUUAAUCGGUAUUAAAAUCCCAGGCCGGCGCGCCACCAGGCCUUGCGAGGCCAAGGCAGUGAAGUGAUGCUCCACCCCUGGGGGCAAAUGAGGCUGGUGAGAUCACUCCACAUCUAGGGUCGGGUUUGAGGGAGAGCACGCUGGUUGUAGGAUGCCCUCCUGCCAGCCCCAUUCUUUCUCCUGUCCUCAGAGCCGAGCGCCAGAUGUUCCUCCGCCAAACCUCACAAUAUGCCUUGACCUCCCCAUUUCCUCAUGCCGGCUUUUGCUAAUCCGGAACCCUCCCAUAAUCGUUCGCGGUAGUCAACAUUUGCUGUAGCAAAUCUCCAGCUAAAUGAGGCCUUUGGGGACAAUAAGGUCCAGUGAUGUUUCCCCCCAUCAGCUGGCAAAUAGGAUCUAGUCUUGCAACUGCCUCUGCCCCCCAUUUUCCCCGCACAUUCUUCUCCCUGGGGCUAAGAUGCAUUGCGCAUUGCUUGAGCGCAUCCGUCAGCAGCCUGGUGCAAUCCCACCAGUGCCAUGAGUAUCCGCGUUGCAUGCAAAAAGUCCCGGGUUCAAACGCCGUCAUCUCCAGGUAGAGCUGGGAGGGCUGCUGCCAGUCAGUGUUGACAGCAUUGGGCUAUAAUAAAUAAUAAUAAUAAUAAUAAUAAUAGCUUCCCCAGCCACUCUGGGCGGCUUCCAACAAAACACUAAAAUACAAUAACCUAUUAAACAUUAAAAAUUUCCCUAAACUGGGCUGCCUUCAGAUGUCUUCUAAAAGUCAGGUAGUUGUUUAUCUCCUUGACAUCUGGUGGGAGGGCAUUCCACAGGGCAGGUGCCACCACCAAGAAGGCCCUCUCCCUGGUUCCCUGUAACUUGGCUUCUUGCAGGGAGGGAACCGCCAGAAGGCCCUCGGAGCUGGAUCUCAGUGUCCGGGUAGAACGAUGGGGUUGGAAACGCUCCUUCAGGUCUACUGGGCCAAGGCUGUUUAGGGCUUUAAAGGUCAGCACCAACACUUUGAAUUGUGCUCGGAAACGUACUGGGAGCCCAUGUAGGUCUCUCAGGACGGGGUUAUAUGAUCUCCGCGGCCACUCCCAGUCACCAGUCUAGCUGCCGCAUUCUGGAUUAGUUGUAGAUCUAGGUGGGCUAGAUAUGCCGGUGUAACGUUUGGUAUAAGGCAGCUUUCUGUGUUCCUUUCCUUCCAUCCCUUGGUUAGUCACAUCCUACAUCAGUCACAGAGGAAAAGACCCUUAUCAGAUGGAAGACCUAAUUGGAUAAGCGUAUGAUAGAAUUUAUUUCUUUUUUUAAAUUAAUACUUCCACUCAAACCUUUUUAUUUUUUAUUUUGACAAAGUAAUAAUCAUAAAUAAAUAAGAAUAAAAAUGUGUACCCCAUCACCAAGACCAUUCCGUUGUAGCUAUCCAACCUCCCAAAAUUUCAACACCUCUUGACCCCUUUCCAUUUUAACAGUACAAAUACUACAAACACCUUCCAUAUCUCCUCAAAAUCAUUUCUUCUGCGUAUUCCCCGCCUUACCUUAAUGGCACAUGUUAACUUAUCAUUAAUAGCUGUAUCCCACACCCCUUUAUACCAUUCUUCCAUUUUAUAUUCUGCCUGCCCCUUCCACUUCCUAGCUGCCAUAAUUCGUGCAGCUGUCAAUAAAUUUGUGAGCAAGUCCUUCAUAGCCUCCGAACCUUCCACCCUAUCCUAAAUUGAUAAUACACUCAAAUCUUCUUCCUUUACAAAAAAAGAAACGGCAUAGAAACCAAUGGGGUGGCAAGGAAAGUGUUUUUGCUUUGAGAAAUGGCCAGUCAUUUCCUAAUGUGGGUCACCUGGGUGCCAGGAAGUAUCUUCUGGGUGGCCCUGGGGGGCAUAAACUUAUGCCAGGAUCUAGUUACAGGUAGGUAGCCGUGUUGGUCUGCCGUAGUCGAAACAAAAUAAAAAAAUUCCUUCCAGUAGCACCUUAGAGACCAGCUAAGUUUGUUACUGGUAUGAGCUUUCGUGUGCAUGCAUAAGUCUGAAGAAGUGUGCAUGCACACAAAAGCUCAUACCAAUAAACUUAGUUGGUCUCUAAGGUGCUACUGGAAGGAAUUUUUUUUAUUAUGCCAGGAUUGGCCUUCCUUGGGAGAACCUCGGGGUUCAAUUUAUAUCAGAAGCUUGGAAGGAUUGGUAGAAAUGUGUGAGAAAGUGGCGGUAUAUUGUUGUUUAGUCGUGUCUGACUCUUCGUGACCCCAUGGACCAGAGCAAGCCAGGCACUCCUGUCUUCCACUGCCUCCCGCAGUUUGAUCAAACUCAUGCUGGUAGCUUCGAGAACACUGUCCCACCAUCUCGUCCUCUGUCGUCCCCUUCUCCUUGUGCCCUCCAUCUUUCCCAACAUCAGGGUCUUUUCCAGGGAGUCUUCUCUUCUCAGGAGGUGGCCAAAGUCUUGGAGCCUCAGCUUGGAGCCUCAGUGAGCACUCAGGCCUGAUUUCCUUCAGUAUGGAGAGGUUGGAUCUUCGUGCAGUCCAUGGGACUCUCAAGAGUCUCCUCCAGCACCAUAAUUCAAAAGCAUCCAUUCUUCGGCGAUCAGCCUUCUUUAUGGUCCAGCUCUCACUUCCAUACAUCACUACUGGGAAAACCAUAGCUUUAACUAUACAGUGGUACCUUGGGUUAAGUACUUAAUUCAUUCCAGAAGUCCGUUCUUAAUCUGAAACUGUUCUUAACCUGAAGCACCACUUUAGCUAAUGGGGCCUCCUGCUGCCGCCGCGCUGCCGGAGCACGAUUUCUGUUCUCAUCCUGAAGCAAAGUUCUUAACCUGAGGUACUAAUUCUGGGUUAGUGGAGUCUGUAACCUGAAGGAUAUGUAACCUGAAGCGUAUGUAACCCGAGGUACCACUGUACGGACCUUUGUUGGCAAGAUGAUGUCUCUGCUUUCUGCUUUUUAAGAUGCUGGAGGUAUAUACAAACCUACAUUUAAAACUGAACCAGGAAUUGCAAUAGUUAUUGCUGAAUGAGCCCACAUUCCCCCCCUGCCUUCCUCUUGUCUUUGGGUGGGCUGUCCAUUCCCACCCCCCACCCCACCCCCGGUUUCAUCUUCCAAUGCACCAGUUGUAACCGUGAGCAGUCAAGAGUUCAUUUUUUAAAAAGGGGAGGAGAAAGAGAAUGAAAGUGCUUGCAAGCUGGUGUGCCCCCGACUCCUGCGGUUUGCCUCCUGCCUGGGGGUCGGAUGCAGGUCAGAGGCAGAGCAACCCCCCCCCCCAAGACGAUCUGCACUGCAGAGGGAUGCUGUCACUGCGCCAUGUCUCCACUUCCGCAGGAGCAUCGUCAGCAGCGCUCGCUUGCCACAUCGUUCCUCUUCAAAAGUGACAUGUCCCAGGACAGCAGUGGCCCAGUGGGGGGAGGAGUGGAGCUAAAACGCUUUUCAAGAGCCCCCAGUUCAGAUUUGCCAUUCCUAUGUUCUCUCUCCUCCAGCCACUGCUUAAAGUCUCAAUCCUCACCUUCCUCGUCUCAUUAAAAAUCAUAGCUAAGUGGGAUUCAGGGCUGUGCUUCCAGCUAGCACACAGUCGCCUGGGUUUAAGAGCCCUCCGAUUUGAAGAUCCGGGGGCAGGAAUCUCCUUUCCCGCUUGCGAAACAUCCCUGCCAAAUCCACGUGGGAUUUUGCACCGUCACAUAACGUGAUGAGCUUGGGAUCGGGCUUGUGCGAGCCGCAUCCUUCCUUCUCCCCACCGCUUCCAGAUUGGACUCUUUCACACACACACACACACACACACCCCAACCAUCGCCUCGUUUCCAGAGUAGCUCCCAGCAAAACAAACAAAACACGCACGGCGUGUGCCUGUUUGCAUUUUAAUUUCCUUCCGCCAAUUACGCGGCUGCACCUGCGCUAUUAAUAACUCAGAUUUACGACUCUUCCCACCUGCCUGUGUUCUGCGGCUUGCGCUUGUAAAUGCCGCUGGGUCCGCUGCCUCCGGGUCGCAGUUGUUUGGGCUGAAUGCCAAAGAGAAGCAGAACAUCCAAAUGGCUUGCCAAGGAAGCGCGCAGCGAAGAAACGGCCUUCUGAGCUCAAAAUAAACGAAGCCGAUGGCCAAGGUGUUUGGCUUACGUGCUGGUUUUGAUUGAGUCGCGUUCUGCAUGCGUUCCUUGGGCAAGAGCUGGCGCUUGAGGGUCGCUCCACACGUGCGUCUGUGCUGGCCCCGGGGAUAACCCGAGGAACACAGUCCAGGUCCGGUCCAGAAUCCAAAGGUUCCGCUAGGAGUCAGUCUGACAGGGUCAAGGCAGGACACGAGGCAGGAAACCAGGCAAGGACAGGUACAGGAUCUCAGGCAAGAUCUGGCAUACAGCAAUGUUGCUCCCACAACAUGGGGCAGGGUCCAUUAACCUUUUAUCUCUGAUGGGGUAACGGCCAGUCCUGAUCCCCCAGCGACUCACCUCCCUGUUUCGCCCAAAGGCGAGCACUCCUCCUGCAAGUACUCAGGUCUCUCCUUCUCUCAGACCUCAGUCUCUGCAGCUCGGGAGACGUCGGUGGGUUACUAGACCCAGGGGCCGCCUCAGCCUCCCCUGACCCAACCAGUAGUGGAGCAGCUGUGAGUGAUGGCCCAGCUGAAGGCAACGAGGUCAUCCCCGCAUCUGGAGCCAGGGCAGGCUCAGGCCCCUGACUCGGCCCAGCUGGUGUUUGUUGCAGGGGAACCUGUGCAGACUGGGACUCUUCAGGAUCAGGCCCCAGACUUGGUUCAGAUGAUGCCUGAGGCAAAGGAUCCGGUGUAGACUGAGACUCCUCCGGUUCCGAGUCCCAGUCUGAGUCCCAGGUCAUCACAGCACCUGCCUGGCUAUAGGGCACGGAUUGUGUCUUCUAGCCUCGGCCAACCUGGUGCCCUUCCAAUGAUUUGCACUGCAAUGCCCAACAGCCCCAGGCAGCGCAGGGCUGGUGGGAUUCUAGCCCAAAACAUCUGAAUGGCACAUAGUUGCGAGAGGCUGGCCUAGACCUUUCUGGCAUAGUUUUCCCGAGUUCCUAAAGUCCUUAAAUGAGCGCGACUCUCUGUCUUCCAAACACAAACCACACACAAGAUAAUGAUGAUGAUUUAUCAUUUAUGUGCCACCCAUCUAAUUGAGUUGCCCAGCCACUUUGGGCGGCUUCCAGCAAAUUAUAAAACCACUAUAAAACAUCACACAUUAAAAACUUCCUUAUACAGGGCUGCCUUCAGAUGCCUCCUAAAAGUCAGAUAGUUGUUUAUUUCCUUGACAUGCUAAGACAUCUCUUUAGGAAGGGGGUGCCUUCAGUCUCUCAGAUCCCUAAAGGCAAAACACACAAAACGUAAUCGGAGAACAGAUGGGUUUGUAAAUGAAGGGAUCCUGCAAAAUGGUUGUGUUAGUUCUGUUCCGUCUAGGGCUGUUUGCUGCUUGGCGGAUCGGUUCGAAGGAGCCAAACAGAGCAUGGUUCAGAUUGCCUUCUUCUGAGCUGCAGGCUGGCCUUGCCUGAUGCUCUCUUCCUCAAGGAAAUCAGAGCUGGGAGCACAACAGAGGAUACUUCAUUUUGUCUGUUUCAAGGGAUGUUUGACCCCGGCCAGAACCAGCCCAUGCAUUAGGCAAAGGGAAGCCAUUUGCUUCGGGUGGUGGAUCGACCUCCUCUAGGGCUGGAUGAGCAAUUAAGCACGUGCUCUGGGCAUCAAGGGAAGGGCAGGCACCGCGGAAAUUUUCCACUGCCUGAUUUUUAACUGAGCAUUCAUUUUCUCAGCUGAAGUAUAUUAAAAAUCCCAACAGAGCAACUCUGCAACAAGGCAGGCUGGAUGCCUUAUCCUUACUAAGCGUAGAAGCAGAUACGUUAUGUAAGAUUAGUUUUGAGGAUCUGAUCAAAGACCUUAGAAACAAGUGUGUAAGUGUGUGUAUAAAAUAUAAAGUGGAAGUAUACAAAAAUAGAAGGGCGCUCAUCUCGCUUUACUGGCCGAGGGAGUUGGCGUACAGCUUCCGGGUCAUGUGGCCAGCAUGACUGAGCCGCUUCUGGCGAACCAGAGCAGCACACGGAAACGCCGUUUAUCUUCCCGCCGGAGUGGUACCUAUUUAUCUACUUGCAGUGGUGUGCUUUCGAACUGCUAGGUUGGCAGGAGUAGGGACCGAGCAAUGGGAUGUUGCGGGGAUUCGAACUGCCGACCUUCUGAUUGGCAAGUCCUAGGCUCUGUGGUUUAACCCACAGCGCCACCCGCGUGUGAUGGUAGGAGAUUGGAAACGCAUCGACUCUUGCUUUCUCUCCUGCAGACAAGCAGUUCCUGGUCUUCUUCUUCAAGCAGCUCAAACUGAACCAGAGCGGGCGCUACGAAGCCGCCUUCCCCUACCUCUCGCCCUGCGGCCGCGAGCAGAACUUUGUCCGAUGCGACGACCUGCCGAUCGUCUUCACCCACCUCCUGCAGGGAGCGUCGGGCGAGGAGCUGUUGUCUUACUGCGGCGGAGCGGACAAACUGGCCGUGCCCUUCCAACCUGAGAAGCUGCUGAUGCUGCCAGAGAAUGGGCGCCUGUACCACCCGGGGCCAGAGAAAGCUGGUGGCGUUGGGCUGGUGAAAUCGGCCUUGGCGUUUGAGCUGAGCCCUUGCUUUGACUAUGAGCAAGGACCCAGCCAGGCGCCGACGCAUUUCCAUUGGCGUGACCGGCGCCACACCCUCACGAACGAGCUGCUUCCGUUCAUCCGAAAGGACGAGGGAACCUAGAACCGGCGCUUGGAGUUGUUGGGUUUGCCAGCCUGUGAACUGCAUAGCCUUCUGGUUAUGUGGGAUGGUGUCCGUAGCUGGAAAUUGUGGCAAGGAGAGGACAGUUCCCAUCAUCCCAUGUGCCUUGUUGAUCCAGGAAGCCAAUCUGAUGAAGCAUGGGAGAUGGGACAGUUUGAUCCAUGGCUAGCCGCCAUCUUGAGAAGGGUUCUGGACAGAGUCUCUUGGAAUAAAAUUAUUCUGUCUCUUAUCCUCUAGGCCUGGUAUAUAUUUCAUUUGUUCCACUGUCGAAUGACUCUUACUGUCAGUAAAUUAUUCCUGAUGCUUAGUUGUGAUUGCCUUCCUUUUUAAAAAAUAAAUAUAUAUAUUUUUGUUAAACGAUUUUAAUAAAACAAAUUAUCAAUCAAAAUAACCAAUUACAUUCCCCCCUUUUUUAUUCCCCCUUCCCUCCCUCUCCCACCCGCUAAAGACUUCCCUCAGCUCCCCUCUCUGAUUUGUUUGCACAUAUUAUUCUCUACAUGUUAAAAAUGGUACUGAAGGAAUGGGUUUCUGUGUAGUAAGUUUAAAAACUGACUCAACCCCCCCCCCUUUUGUUCUUUCAAAAGAGAGCACUUUUAAAUGCGUAAAAAUUGAACUGUUGAGCAAAACCAUAAUAAGGACACAACUGCAUAAACAGUUCUGUCCUUUAUCGGGACAGGCAAGGCAUGGCCUUGGCUCCCCAGGGAACAACGAAAACACGUCAGAACUUUAUCUUAUGUGCCGACCACAAAAUACGCACAAGACCAAUGUCCAGAAAAAAACGCCAAAAGUGUGUUCCCGGAGAUUAUGAUGUCCCCCCCAGAUAAGAGUAGGAAGAGGAAGAUCCUUUUAUGGUCAGAAGUACAGGAAGGAAGAUCCUUUUAUGGUUGAGAGUACCAGAGCAGGAACAUAUGUGAUGUCAACCUGCGUAUACAAGCUGAUGUGGCUGGGGAAGGGGGAGAGGAUGCCUAGAGAGUAUAUAAACUGCAUGAAACCUGUCAUUUCUUUGGACUUGCUGUGGACUUGAUCACGCAAGUGCCUUCUGCUAUCCGGAGAGCAGAAUAAACUCUUUCUUUGAAUCAACCUCAGGUGUCGUUUGACUUCCUUCCUCCUGUCCCGGAGCAACGCAGAC